CAACAAUAAUACAUUGCUAUUAAUUAUAUAUAAUUUAUAAUAAACGCGCGUAAAUCGUGUUCUAAAUUAAUUUCACCCUCAGUCUCCCUAUAGAAUAUUCAAUACCUAAUCCCUUAUUGAGCUUCUUCAGCAUAGUCAAUAAUCCAUCAAUGGCAUCUUCUUGCAGCUGUCCAGGCCUUCUUCAACCCAAUUUCUCUGAAGGAUUUCAGCCUUUAGGCUCCCAUCGAUUACAUUAUCAUCCAACAAUAUCGAAUCUGAAAAAUGGGGGCUCGUUUUUAGGCGAUCAGAGUUUGAAAUAUAUUCAAUCUUUACGAACAAACAAUGGAUCAAAGAGGAGGGAGUUAGUUGUUGAAGCCACUCCAGAUCCAGAAGUAGGGAAUCAUCUUCUUUCUUUUUGGCCCACUGAUAAUCCAUGGUUCGCCGGGGUUGCGGGAUUUAUGGUAACAGUUCCUUUUUUGGCCCAACGGUUAUUAACGUUGACGAAGGAGGUGGAUCUGGCGGCUCAGACGGUGGAGAAAAUAGCCGAUGCCGUAGAGAAGGUGGCGGAGGAAGUCGAUAAAGCUGCAGAAAAUAUAGCAGAGUCACUCCCUGAAGGUGCCCUAAAAAAUGUUGUUAAUUUAGUUGAAGAUCUGGCUGAAGAAACAGCAAAGGAUGCUCAAAAAGUUGAAGAUUUGAUGGACAAGAUUGAAGAAAUUGAUGACAAAGUGGAGGCAUACUUUAGCAAUCAAUCUAAAGACAACCCAAGUGUCUAAAGAUGGUGUAGUUGAAGAUGGAUUGCUUUUCUAAAUAUGUCAAUUCAAGUUGGUAUCCUUUUUUUCUCUCCUUUUUAGUGUUCAAAACUUUUAAUGUUAGUGUGUACUCUUAUGUACUUACCACUUUAAUUUGAGAAUUUUUGUUAAUUUAAUUCCU